GCGUGCUCCGCGCGGCAGUGGGUGGUGGUGGCGCCAUCUUGCGCGGCGCGGAUUGAAUGAGCGCGCCGAGCCGGGGCCACCGUCGCUAUCCGAGCAGGCCGCGAGCAGCCGCCGCCAUGGCCUCGCCGUUGCCCAGCCGCGCGGGCGGACCCGCCACCCCGCUGUCCCCCACACGCCUGUCGCGGCUGCAGGAGAAGGAGGAGCUGCGGGAGCUCAACGACCGUUUGGCGCACUACAUCGACCGCGUCCGCGCGCUCGAGCUCGAGAACGACCGGCUGCUGCUCAAGAUCUCCGAGCGCGAGGAGGUGACCACGCGCGAGGUGAGCGGCAUCAAGGCGCUGUACGAGUCGGAGCUGGCCGACGCCCGAAGGGUCCUGGACGAGACGGCCUGCGAGCGCGCCCGGCUGCAGAUCGAGAUGGGGAAGCUGAGAGCUGAGCUGGAGGAGGUCACCAAGAGCGCCAAGAAGCGGGAGGGUGAGCUCACGGUGGCUCAGGCCCGCGUGAAGGACCUGGAGUCCCUGUUCCACCGGAGCGAGGUGGAGCUGGCCGCCGCCCUCAGUGACAAACGCAGCCUGGAAGGCGAUGUGGCGGAGCUCCGGGCGCAGGUGGCCAAGGCAGAGGAUGGCCACGCGGUGGCCAAGCAGCAGCUGGAGAAGGAGACACUGAUGCGUGUGGACCUGGAGAACCGCUGCCAGAGCCUGCAGGAGGAGCUGGACUUCCAGAAGAGCGUGUGUGAGGAGGAGGUGCGGGAGACGCGGCGGCGGCACGAGCAGCGCCUGGUCGAGGUGGACAGCAGCCGGCAGCAAGAGUACGACUUCAAGAUGGCGCAGGCGCUAGAGGAGCUGCGCGGCCAGCACGACGAGCAAGUGCGGCUCUACCGGCUGGAGCUGGAGCAGACCUACCAGACCAAGGAAGUGGCUGUGAGAACGCUGAAGCAGACCUCGGUCGUGCAGGAGAACGGGGAGGAGGAGGAAGAGGAGGAGGAGGAGGCUGAGUUCGGCGAGGAAGAUCUUUUCCACCAACAGGGCGACCCUCGGACAGCGGCAAGGGGCUGCCGCCUGAUGUGACCCCGUACGCCCUCGCGCGCUCCCGCAGACCCCGGGACUGUUUUGCUAUCAUGACUGUCAUUAGUUCUGGACACAUUUCUAGUUGGUUUUUAAGCAAACCACCAGCGCAUGGCGGGGUCUCCGCAGUACUUCCCCGUCGGUGGUGUCCCUGGACCAUCCCUCCGUCUCCCCUUCUCUGCUGCCCAGACUUUCUGUCCCACACCCCGCUCCAAUUUGCCCUUAGGUUGAAUGUGAGGCCCAGGGCCGGGCACCUGGAGGCCAAGAGGUCGGGGGCUGCCACCGGGGAGUCGCGGGGAUUCCAUAGUGGGGGUGGGUGUUCUUUUUAAAGCUUUCUCAGAACCCAGGUUCCAGCGUGGUGAGGGGGUGUUGAGGGCACCGGCUGUCAGCACUGGGUGGCACCUGGCGAUCAAGAGUGGUUGGAGCAGCAGGGAGCGGCCUGGGCCUGGACGCCUGUGGCGACCCCGGUCCUGAUGGGCAGGCGGCCGCCUUUUCUGGGCCUCGGUCCUAGAGCUGCUUCCACAGAUCUUGCCCUGAGCCUGCAGGACCCAUGGGCAGGAGCGGGGGGAGCCUGGGGAACGGGGACCCCAGCCUCCUCUACCCGGGCCUGUCACCCCCUUUUGGGCUCCCUGGGUGUCCUUGCUUGGAGGAGGUGGGGGCCAGGCGGGCGGCUAGUGUUGGAGGUGGGUGGUCGUCGGUCACCAAGCUUCGGGUACUUGUGUCGGUUUCGGGGCCAUGUGCCUGCCCCGGUGUGCUUAGCUUGACGCCCCUUAGAGCGCGCUUCCCAGGCCCUUCCCGCUGGGUCCUGGCGCGUACCUGCUUCCAUAGCUCGUUUUAACCCUUCCCGACUCCAUUUACACUAAAGCUCCAGUCGGGACGUUCCUGUGUGGACAGCACCCGCCCGGCCUGCAAUGGACAUGGGGCUGAGGGCGCUGGGCCGGGGAGUCUUGCUUUGGGGGUUUUGUUUGGGGUUUUUUAAAUGCAUGCCAAAUGUGUGGUAUUUUUUUUCCUUGAUUUGUAAUAUACAUUUUAAGACUGGAAACUUUUGUACAACACUCCAAUAAACACUUCGAUUUUAA